UUUCCUUUUCCUUCUUUCUGGUUUUGGCAAGAGACUAACUAGGGUUUAGGAUCGAUUCCAGGAAGAAGACUGAUUCGGGUUUCGCAGGCGUAUCGACCCUUAGGGCACCCUCAAUGUAGUUUGCUAAAAGAGUUGCAGGUAUGAUGCAUCUAAUUUUUUUUUUUUUCCUGUGUGUUAAUUUCGAUUGACACUUGAUAGUUUCAGGAAGAUGAGGAAGAAAAACUACGUGUUGCUUGGGUGGCUGCCCCAAAAGUUUAUUUAUUAUAUAUAAUAUAUUUAUGAUGGAGCUCGCAGUUUACCUGAAACCUUUGAACUUGCCCCUCCUCCGUUAGCUUUAUUAUCUGGUUAUUGGAACAUUGGUUCAUCUUACAUCAUUCAGAAUCUGGAAAUUUGGAGAGAGAGAGAGAGAGAGAGAGAGAGAGAGAGAGAGAGAGAGAGAGAGACGACAUGGAAUUUCGAUGCGUUGAAUGUGGAUUUCAGCUUGCUAGCGAUAAAGCACUGUUCAUUCAAUAUUCUCCUGGAAAUAUCCGCCUCAUGAAAUGCGAGAACUGCAAAGCAGUUGCUGAUGAGUAUAUUGAAUGUGAAAUUAUGAUCCUUUUAAUUGACCUGGUUCUACACAAGCCGAAAGCAUACAGACAUUUACUGUACAAUUUACUGAAUCGACAAGUUGUGAAUCUUGAGGGCUUGUUUUGGAAGUCAAUUUCUGCUUUCCUUCUUCUGGAUGCCUUCACGAUACUGGUCUUAAACUGGAGUGAAGAAAAUUGGAGCUUGUCUGUGAGCUUUUCUUCAUUAGUUUUGGGAUGUACAAAGAUGCUGAUGAAUCUUCUUUUAAGAAACUUCAUGUUUCUUUGUAUUUUGCUCCUCGCAAACAGAUACUUUUUGGAUGCACAUGUUGGAGUCUCCCGGUGCACAGACAUAUUGUUCGCUAUAUUUGUUUCUAGCUACUUGAAAAUCUUUCUCAUCACCAUGCUGGUGUGGGAAUUCCCAUAUUCAGUGCUUUUCAUAAUUGAUAUGUUUGUUCUAUCAUCCAAUGUUGUGGCUUUGAAAGUAAUGACAGAGUCGUCCAUUGGUAAAUGUAUCGGCACUUGCUUCAGUGCACACGCUGUCAAAUGGUUGCUGCACUUCAUCUGCCAAGAUCAUUGAGAGAAUUCAAUGGCUUCGCUGCCAGUUUUUAGGUUCAAAUGCGGCAGAUCAAGUCUUGAUUCUAAGAAAAUUUUGGAUGCUUGGUAAUGUAGCUUGAAUCAGAUCACGAUCAUAUAUUCAACACCUUCUGUAAUGAAAAUGCUCAAUAUAAACUCAAGAGUGACGAGAGGGCGAUUGUAAGCCCCAAUCAAGGUUUGCCAAUGGCAUUUUGUAUGUUGAGGCCAUUUUUACCCAGGGAAGGGUAUCGCAAGCCAUGAAAGUUUUUGAUUUUUCAUGUAGUUGAUCCACAUCUCCUCUCUAUCGGUCUU